AUGGACAUCCAUCCCUUCGCCCUGGUGCGGCCCCAGUCACGGGUCCUAGAGGGGGUCGUCCGGAACUUCCUCCUGAGCCCGCUGGAGCGGAUGUCCUACCAAUACGUAGACGUGUUCUACACCUUUGCCCUGUACAACCACGUCGCCCACGAGAAGGCGCUGGGGCUGCUCCAGCGGAAACUCCGCCAGAGCCCAGAGCCCGGCCCACACAAGCUGGAUUUCGACUUCGGGCUGCUCCCCCUGAGCUCCGUGCCACGGCUGCUGCGCUCCCUUCAGUACUUCCCCCUCGCCCUCGACGCGGCGAGGCGGCGGACGGAGGGGGCGAUCGUCGACUAUAUCCGCGCGAACCUUACCGGCGGGGAUAUCGGCCCGGCGGAGCUGAACGCGCUCUUCGGGACGAUCAUGCAGUGCAUGGAAUCGGAGUCGGUCCAGGCCCUGCUUGCGCACUUUCCCCUCCGCCAGGCACUUGCGGAGCAGACCCCGGAGGAGCUUUUGGAUGUCAUCUGGAUUGUCUGUGGGCGCGCGAGGCUCGCGAAUCUCAGGGAACAGCUUCUUCAAGAGGUCCUUGGCGAGGACGAGGCGUGGGAUGUCUGCUCGGGGUUUCUGCGGAGAGCCGCAGAGAAGGAGCCCAUGACGGCCUCACUGCGAGACCGGGCCAUCAUCCUCUGCGUCCUCCUCGCGGUCCGACGCGGCCGAUGGACAGGGGAGGGUGACCUCCGCGCCUUUCAGCAAGGACCCGUGGCGGCCCCCAUGAUAAUCCCCAGCUUGAACGUGUGGGGAACCUACAUCUGGGCACUCCAUCAGCCCUGCAUUCCGCCCGCCCUCCGCGAGGCGAACUUCCACGCGGCCACCGUCCAGGGUCUCUGGCGGCUCUACACUACGAUGGAAUGCGAGGAGGUGAUAAACUUCUUUAUGAACGGCAUUCCCCUUCUGGAGGCAUCGCAUCCUGAGUUUCCCUGGUGGCAAACCAUCCGGCAUUACCACCACGAGGCUCUCUUCAUCCAUAAGGAAGUGUGGGCGUCGGAGAGGGCUCCGCUAGAGCUCGUCGCCUCACAUUUACCGCUUUCCCUCGAUGACCUCGUCAACCUCAUCGUAUCCUCGGCAUGGAUGCGCUCGGAUGACGAGAAGGGAGAAAGGGAAGGCAAGGCAGUCUAUCUAUCUGGUCUGCUCCGGAAGCUCAGGAAUGUCCUUAAGAAGCGGCUUCAAGGCCGACCCCCUACGAGCCCUCCUGAGCGGAUGUCCGAAAAUCCACUGCUGAGGCGUUUUGAGAACCCCGACGAUGCGGUGGUGCGCCGAGUUCCACUGAUCAUCGCGGGGUACAUAAUGAUAGCGUUGGAGAUGAUUUUGAAUAAGGGCGUCCCCUCGACUGAUGAGGUUGAGGCCGCGGAGGAGCUUUUUGAGUUCUUGCGGGAGCACGUGCUCAAGCCAAAAAUAUUGGAUGUGCAUGGCUGCGCCCGUGUGGUGGCCCAACUUUUAAUUUACGCCCCGAACCUGACGCGCCGGAUGGAUCUCGAGCCGACCUGUGUGCGGCUUCUCAAGGAAAACUACCGAGACGGCGGGUUUACCCUCGAACAGGUUGAAGGGAUGCUAACCUUAAACAAGACAGAGACGCAGGGAGGCACAGCCGACCAAUGUAGCAUUGGACCUGAGCUGCGUGAGGAACUACAAGAGGAGCUCAAACGCCUUCCCCUACGCCGAAAAAGUAUCUAA